AUGGCUAUGUGCAGGGCUUCUUCGGCGUGCACUUCUUGCAAGAGUUUUGCGCACUCGACUGGACACAUGGAAGCUGCGCUGCCAAGCUCGGUCGCAGGCGAGCUUGCGUUGAACAUGCUGAAUUCGCCCAAUGAUUGCAAUGAGGCAUGGACCUGGAUGGGGGAUGGAUCCUCUCCUCGACCCUUCCCGAUCCCUCUAUGCCCUUGCCCAGCUAUGGCUAUGCCAAAGGUAUGGCAGCCGCUGCCGCUACCGCCAGGAAACUACGUCGUCGCCUGCAACGGGGCUGGCCAGCUCUGUGUCCUCGCACCUGUCAAUGGAUGUGAGCACGUGGAGGUGCCGACUCUCUUCACGAAGGUUGAUUUCGAGAUCCCGAGGGCGCAGUCCACAGGAGACAGCGAGGAGCUGAAGUCCACCAGCGCCGAGGAAACCGAUUCUCCAAGGACGAUCCCUGAUCCACUGAACAUGAUGCUCCAACGUUUAAAGAACAAGCUGGAGGGUGCUGAGGACGGCGGGCCGCAUGUUGAGGACGAGCCUGCCACAACAUGUGAAAAACUUGAUCUCGAGGAGCUCGAGAUGGCAAUGGCUCAAGAGGACUCUGAGAGGGAGGCUGCGCUGGCUGCGAACGAUGUGAACGGCCGGAGGAUGGGCAAUGAGAUUCUGCAGCUGCUACAGCAAGGGCCAGAUGCUGUGGUGGCACGCCGGUGCAGGCAAGGGAAGAAACAGCGACUUUGCUGCAACUUCAUUCUGGGGAUGGGACGCGAUUACGUGCCGGUAAUCAUCGGGAAGCGUGGAAUCAACACGAAGUCCAUUCAUGAGAAGACAGAUUGCAAAGUGCGAGUUCGUGGUCGUGGCUCUGGGCACAGGGAGCAAGUCAGCAACAAGGAAGCGCCCGCGAACCUCAUGCUGGCAGUGACGGCUGAGGCGUCGAACAAGACUGGCUUCUUGCUCGCGGUCGCCAUGAGCAUUGACCUGCUCUGGACCGUGGACAAAUGCUAUCGCCUUGACUCCAUGGACCGGGGAGUGUGCGCGGUGAAUCCGAGCUUCUACGCAAGCGUGGAGAACGCGGAGUUGAAGGCAGAGCUGUCGGAGGCCCUCGGCAGGGACUUUGCAACCCUUCCCGACUACUCGGACGUCUCCUUUUACGGCUACCGCUGA